AUGAUUCAAGUGACAAGUGAGAUUGACAAAGUGAUUGCGUCCCUGGACACGGGAUUGCCUGAUAUCACGCCAAUAGACUUGAAAGUGAUAUCACAUAUAGAUACGACUUUUCCUUUGUUUAAAUCGGAGUUUGUGCUCAACAAACUGUACCGAGGAAAAAGAGAAGAAAAUGACGUGUCGUGCACAAAUCAAUUAUUGAAGUUAAAAGAACUUCAAACUCGAAAGAAAAGGUAUGAGAAAGAGAGGGGGAUCGGCAUUGAGAUGAAUACCGCUAUGAACUUCACUAUGGGGAACGGGAAUUCGAUGUUUGAGAGCUUUAAUGAGAGUUGCAAUGAUGCGAAACAAGCUAUAGUUGAGUGUAAUACUUUUGAGCCUAAAAGCCAUCCACCUCAAAAAGCGAAGAAAGAGAAAAGGAAUGAAUUUACAUCUUCUGAAGAUUUGUCCGAGUCGACAGAUGAAUCGGAAGGCGACGAAAUCAUCAUUCCACCAGAUUUCCCGAAAUCCGUACCUAUCGGAUCUCAAAUAACACCAACUGCAACAAAUAACAUUGGAGAGUCUUAUUUAUCUCAGACAGGUACUACAACUCAGAACGGGAAUAAGAGUAAUGCACCACUAUUAGAAGACAACCCAUUUGUAUUCCACCACAAUACUACAACUCAAUCAAUGAAGGGAGGCGAUUUGUACUCAGGAAUGUUAUUGUCUGGUAUCACAAAGUCGGAACAAACUGAAGUGAAAGAAGAUGACAUAACAGAAAAGCCACCCGUAUUCACGUUUAAGACAAACUUGUUUGGAAAACCACCUUCAAAAGAUGAAGAAAAGAAGAAAGAACCAACAAAGGAAGAAACACAAGAGGAAAAGAAAGAGGAAAAACCAAGUUUACAAGAAGAGAAUACUGAGAGUUUGUUUGGUAAUGUAACACUCAAAUUUAAAGACAAAUCUGAAUAUUGUAAACAAACGGUCGAAAACCCAUUCAUUUUUAAUCCUACCGUGUUCUUGCCUGAAAGUGGAUCACUUAAUAGUAAACCAGUCGAAGAGAAGAAAGAACUUUCUUCUCAGAACAAUGAACCAUCACCUCAAAAAGAAAAGAAAGACCUCUUCCCUCAACAGCAGAAGGAUAUACAGUCGUCCGUGGAUGAAAAAAAAACACUAUUUACUCAACAAAAUGAUGUACAACCACAUGAAGAAGAGACGAACCCAUCACCUCAACAACAGAAAGAGGUACAACCACAUGAGAAAGAAAGGAAUGACCUCUUCGUGAAACUUGUGAUGGACACAGCCAUGUAUUAUGGGGAUGCAGAGAAGAUUAAUAAUUAUCAAGAAUGCGUCAAAGCAAUUAACAAACUUCCAGAAAUUAAAUUGAGUCAGAGCGAAUUGGAUGAAAUAGCAGUGCUUGGAAAUAGUGUAGUGCAGAACUUUGGAGAACUUGAAGGUGUUGUUCAAAAAGUAGUUGACAAGUGUGCAGAUAGAGAUUCUAACGAAACACUUGAGAUCUUGACUUACUUCUUACGAUGUUUAAUAUCAUCAUCCCAUUUACUUAAAACUGACCCCAAAACAGCGUUUUACAGUGGAUUUAUGUUGUCCGAACUUUCAUACAAAUGCAAGGCGUUCAGAGAUAUAGUUCAACUGAUACUACGAAGUGUCUCGCCAUGCUUAAAUUCUGUUUAUGUAAAGAAUGAGGGAAACGAUUAUAAGGUAGUGAUGGGGUACUUGAAUGACGAGAACGAGUUACAGUAUAUCGAGCGGAUUGAGAAGAUAUUUAGAAUAUACUUGUGCUUCAUGAUGAGCGAAGCGGGGAAUGUCGAGAGUAUAUUUGAUGUCAUGAUGACUUCAAUGUACAUGGUUUAUGAUAACAAGAUAAAGAUUGGGAUGAACGUAGAUGUCUUUGGGGUGAUGCUCGACGCAUUUUUUGAUAUGUGUUACGAUCGGUUAAAACACUUAGAACUGAUGAACUCUUUUAUUGAGACGUUUAAAGACUAUUUCGAAAUCAUGAAAACCGUUUGGGGGACCGAAGGAAACGACAAACAAAAGAUGCUGACUCGACGACUCGCUUCGACUUUAAAGAAGAUCGAGCAGAAUAAAGUCGUCAACGAAAAGUCGUUAGUUCUUGAAGAAGAGUAUAAGAAGUACUUGGAAGCAAACAAUAGACAGCCACGGGUGUGGGAAGGGGCAAUCGACAUUAAUAGUAAGUAA